AUGCAAGUAACAAACAAGACAUGUGUUUCAAAUGUUCCCUUUGGCGGGGAUCGUAUUCAGAUGUCAUCACUUUUUCAAAAAAUUGACACGUUGACGAUCUUCAUUUUUGGAUCCAUCAUGUGUCUUGUCUCGACGCUAAUCUUGCGGCGCAAGAAAUCUCCUUUUGAGAGAUCAGUGGAUUCAAUGACAAAAGGCAAAGCAAGAUUUAAUCGAAAGCGAGCCUUCUUGUCCAACGUGGGUGAUGAAUACGGAUAUCGGCACAGUGGAAAAGGAUAUAUCGAUGAUUGGCGACACAAGGAAUUUCCAACAUUGCAGCCACCGCUUGGCCAACGGUCUACCGAUGCGAUUGAAGAACGCGAAAUUUAUUUGGACUAUGCUGGCUCUGCAUUACCUUCGAAAUCGCAGAUGGAAGCUUCUUUUCAAUCUUUGUCGUCCAAUGUCUUGGCCAAUCCACAUUCGAGCGGUCCAGCAGCUUCACGAACACUGUUGGGAAUACAACAAUCGAAAACCAGAAUUCUGAAUCAUUUCGACGCGACCGCUGGUCGAUUUGCUUCGAUUCAACGUACCCAGGAUUCAGCUCUUACUUCCGAUAGCCAUUCCGGAUAUGACGUCGUUUUCACUUCGGGAACGACAGAGGCACUCCGCGUUGUAGCCGAGCGUUUUCCCUGGCAAACGAGUGACGGGCAGCAAUCUAUUCUCUUGUAUGCACAAAAUUCUCACUCAUCAGUUUUAGGAAUGCGAGAGGUGGCCAUCUCCCUAGGUGCCCGGCUUAUGUGCUUGCCAAUUGAAGAAAUUGAAUCCAUGACCAAGGAGUCUUUCGCACAGCUGAGAAACAGUACGAACAAUGGGGCAAACGAUUCCAGCACCAUUGAAAACUACGGCACAAAUUGCCUACUUGUAUUUCCUGCCGAAUGUAACUUUGGAGGUCACAAACCUAAUAGUCAGAAGGUCAUUGAGACUGCCCAAAGUGCUGGCUGGCACAUCAUGCUAGACAUUGCCAAGGCUGCCAGUACUGGACCGGUGUCCCUUCGAGACUUGAAUCCAGACUUUGCUUGUGUUUCUUUCUACAAGCUUUUUGGGUCGCCUACUGGGGUUGGAAGCUUGUUUGUCAAGCGCACUGCUGUCGAUCUUCUAUCAGAGUCCAAACAGCAUCGGCCCUAUGUUGGCGGUGGAUCGUUCAAUCUCAUAUUGGCAAAUCAGGACAUGAGUGCCCCAUCUAGUGGUGUUUCCUCCUUAGUUAGCGGGACACCCAAUUUUCGUGGUAUUAUUGAACUGCGGCAUGGGUUUGAUGAGAUCGAGAGGCUCGGUGGCAUGGAGAAGAUUCAGCAACAUACUAGUAUUCUGGCAAAGGAGCUGCAUGGUCGACUGAGCGCUAUGCAUCAUGGUAAUGGCAAACCAGUGGCCAUUACAUAUGGAGUAUGGUCAAUAAAUGGAUCCUCGAAUGGCGAAGACAAAGGACCCACAAUUGCAAUGAACAUUUUGAGGGACGAUGGAUCCUUCGUCGGAUACAAUGAAGUCGCAAAACUGGCCGCCCUGCGAAAGCCUGCAAUUCAAUUCCGAACUGGCUGCUUUUGCAACCCAGGUGCCUGUCAAGAGGCUCUAAAAUUGGGAGAUGAGGAACUCAUCCAAAACUACAAAGAAUCCGGUCAUGUCUGUGGGGAUCAUAUUGACAUUUUGAAUGACAAACCAACUGGAGCAAUUCGUAUCAGCUUUGGAAAAGAGAGCAUAUGGGAAGACUUGGAUGAAUUCGUAGCCUUCAUUGACCAAACAUUUGUCAACAAGAACAAGACUGUUGCCGACGAGACGAUAGCAACACUAGUAGAAGAAGACCAACAUUGUCCACCUGAAGUGACAUUGACAGAACUCUACAUCUUUCCAAUCAAAAGCUGCGCUGCACAACGUGUCUCUCACUGGAAGAUGGAUAUCCAAAGUGGCAAGCUGGCGCACGAUAGAGAAUUUGCACUCGUGGACUCGGCAGGUGUAGCAAUGAGAUUGCAAAAUAAUCCGAAGAUGGGAUUCAUCACUCCUCACAUUAAUGGCGACGAUGAAAUAUUGACUGUUUCAGCUCCCGGCUGCGAAGACUUGAUCAUUCCUCUAGCCGAAAUCAACUCAUCGUUCCUUGGAAGCAAUGAUAUCAGUGUUUGUGGAAACAAGUGCGGUGGGCGCUUAUGUGGUGGUCGACGAGCUUCCGAGUGGUUUUCAUCCUAUUUGGGAGUCGAGUGCUGGUUGGCACGAUAUUCCAAAGCCAACAAGCAAACGAACGGGGAACCAAACACUGUCGACGACAGCAAAUCUCGAAUGGGAUUUGCAAAUGACCAACCAAUACUAAUGAUAUCCGAGAAUGCUGUCGACGCACUGAACCAAGUCCUCCGGCACCAAAACCAAGCGCUAGUCGGAUCCAAACAUUUUCGUCCAAAUAUGGUGAUUCGAUGGAAGGAUCAACAAAACGUGCACAAGGCUCAUUUGGAAGAUGACUGGACUAAGUUAUAUCGGAAAGAUAAUGGCUUGAUAUUCAAUGUGAAAGGUGACUGUGCCCGUUGUGCCAUGGUUGAUUACGAUCCGUCGACCGGAAAGAAGGGGAAGACACUGCGAGCUCUAGCCAAGUAUAGGCGCCGUAAUGGCCAAAUUGUCUUUGGUGUCUUCCUAAAGGCAAUGCUGAGGGAAGAACAGCUUGCAAAUGAACAAGUUUGGAUCCAUGUGGGAGACCAAUUGGUAUGCGAAUACUAG